AUGCGCGGACCAAGUGGCGCGCGCGCGCGCCCGGACCAAGUGGCACGCGCGCGCCCGGACCAAGUGGCGCGCGCGCGCGCGCCCGGACCAAGUGGCGCGCGCUCGCGCCCGGACCAAGUGGAGCGCGCGCGCGCGCCCGGACCAAGUGGCGCGCGCGCGCGCCCGGACCAAGUGGCUCGCGCGCGCGCGCCUGGACCAAGUGGCGCGCGCGCGCCCGGACCAAGUGGCGCGCGCGCGCGCGCCCGGACCAAGUGGCGCGCGCGCGCGCCCGGACCAAGUGGCGCGCGCGCGCGCGCGGACCUAGUGGCGCGCACGCGCGCCCGGACCAAGUGGCGCGCGCGCGCGCCCGGACCAAGUGGCGCGCGCGCGCCCGGACCAAGUGGCGCGCGCGCGCGCCCGGACCAAGUGGCGCGCGCGCGCGCCCGGACCAAGUGGCGCGCGCGCGCGCCCGGACCAAGUGGCGCGCGCGCGCGCCCGGACCAAGUGGCGCGCGCGCGCGCCCGGACCACUGGCGCGCGCGCGCGCCCGGACCAAGUGGAGCGCGCGCGCGCCCGGACCAAGUUACGCGCGCGCGCGCCUGGACCAAGUGGCGCGCGCGCGCGCCCGGACCAAGUGGCGCGCGCGCGCCCGGACCAAGUGGCGCGCGCGCGCGCCCGGACCAAGUGGCGCGCGCGCGCGCCCGGACCAAGUGGCGCGCGCGCGCGCCCGGACCAAGUGGCGCACGCGCGCGCGCCCGGACCAUGUGGCGCGCGCGCGCGCCCGGACCAAGUGGCGCGCGCGCGCGAGCCCGGACCAAGUGGCGCGCGCGCGCGCCCGGACCUAGUGGCGCGCGCGCGCCCGGACCUAGUGGCGCGCGCGCGCGCCCGGACCAAGUGGAGCGCGCGCGCGCCCGGACCAAGUGGCGCGCGCGCGCCCGGACCAAGUGGCGCGCGCGCGCCCGGACCAAGUGGCGCGCGCGCGCGGACCAAGUGGCGCGCGCGCGCUCCUGAACCAAGUGGCGCGCGCGCGCGGACCAAGUGGCGCGCGCGCGCGCCCGGGCCAAGUGGCGCGCGCGCGCGCCCGGACCAAGUGGCGCGCGCGCGCGCGCCCGGACCAAGUGGCGCGCGCGCGCUCCCGGACCAAGUGGCGCGCGCGCGCGAGCCCGGACCAAGUGGCGCGCGCACGCCCGGACCAAGUGGCGCGCGCGCGCGGACCAAGAGGCGCGCGCGCGCGCCUGGACCAAGUGGCGCGCGCGCGCGCCCGGACCUAGUGGCGCGCGCGUGCGCAGACCAAGUGGCGCGCGCUCGCGCCCGGACCAAGUGGCGCGCGCGCGCGCCCGGACCAAGUGGCGCGCGCGCGCCCGGACCAAGUGGCGCGCGCGCGCGGACCAAGAGGCGCGCGCGCGCCUGGACCAAGUGGCGCGCGCGCGCGCCCGGACCUAGUGGCGCGCGCGUGCGCAGACCAAGUGGCGCGCGCUCGCGCCCGGACCAAGUGGUGCGCGCGCGCGCGCCCGGACCAAGUGGUGCGCGCGCGCGAGCCCGGACCAAGUGGCGCGCGCGCGCGCCCGGACCUAGUGGCGCGCGCGCGCGCCCGGACCUAGUGGCGCGCGCGCGCCCGGACCAAGUGGAGCGCGCGCGCGCCCGGACCAAGUGGAGCGCGCGCGCGCCCGGACCAAGUGGCGCGCGCGCGCGCCCGGACCAAGUGGCGCGCGCGCGCGCCCGGACCUAUGGCGCGCGCGCGCGCUCGGACCAAGUGGCGGGCGCGCGCCCGGACCAAGUGGCGCGCGCGCGCGCCCGGACCAAGUGGCGCGCGCGCGCGCCCGGACCAAGUGGCGCGCGCGCGCGCCCGGACCAAGUGGCGCACGCGCGCGCGCCCGGACCAAGUGGCGCGCGCGCGCGCCCGGACCAAGUGGCGCGCGCGCGCGAGCCCGGACCAAGUGGCGCGCGCGCGCGCCCAGACCAAGUGGAGCGCUCGCGCGCGCCCGGACCAAGUGGAGGGCGCGCGCGCCCGGACCAAGUGGCGUGCGCGCGCGCCCGGACCAAGACGCGCACGCGCGCGCCCGGACCAAGUGCCGCGCGCGCGCGCCCGGACCAAGACGCGCGCGCGCGCGCCCGGACCAAGUGCCGCGCGCGCGCGCGCCCGGACCAAGUGGCGCGCGCGCGCGCCCGGACCAAGUGGCGCGCGCGCGCCCGGACCAAGUGGCGCGCGCGCGCUCGCCCGGACCAAGUGGCGCGCGCGCGCGCGCCUGGACCAAGUGCCGCGCGCGCGCGCCCGGACCAAGUGGCGCGCGCGCGCGCCUGGACCAAGUGGCGCGCGCGCGCUCGCCCGGACCAAGUGGCGCGCGCGCGCGGACUAAGAGGCGCGCGCGCGCGCCUGGACCAAGAGGCGCGCGCACGCGCCCGGACCAAGUGGCGCGUGCUCGCGGACGAAGAGGCGCGCGCGCGCGCCCGGACCAAAUGGUGUGAGCGCUUGCCCGGACCAAGUGGCGCGCGCGCGCGCGGACCAAGAGGCGCGCGCGCGCGCGCCCGGACCAAGUGGCGCGCGCGCGCGCCCGGACCAAGUGGCGCUCGCGCGCGCGCCGGGACCAAGUGGCGCGCGCGCGGACCAAGUGGCGCGCGCGCGCUUGGACCAACUGGCGCGCGCGCGCGCCCGGACCAACUGGCGCGCGCGCGCGCACGCGGACCAAGAGGCGCGCGCGCGCGCCCGGACCAAGUGGCGCGCGCGCGCGCCCGGACCAAGUGGCGCGCGCUCGCGCCUGGACCAGGUGGCGCGCGCGCGCGCCCGGACCUAAUGGCGCGCGCGCGCCCGGACCAAGUGGCGCGCUCGCGCGCAGGACCAAGUGGCGCGCGCGCGCGCCCGGACCUGGUGGCGCGCACGCGCCCGGACCAAGCGGCGCGCGCGCGCGCUCCCGGACCAAGCGGCGCGCGCGCGCGCUCCCGGACCAAGCGGCGCGCGCGCGCGCGCCCGGACCAAGCGGCGCGCGCGCGCGCUCGGACCAAGUGGCGCGCGCGCGCGCGCCCGGACCAAGUGGCGCGCGCGCGCGCGCCCGGACCAAGUGGCGCGCGCGCGCGCGCCCGGACCAAGUGGCGCGCGCGCGCGCCCGGACCAAGUGGCGCGCGCGCGCGCCCAGACCUAGUGGCGCGCGCGCGCGCGGACCUAGUUGCGGGCGCGCGCGCCCGGAUCAAGUGGAGCGCGUGCGCGCCCGGACCAAGUGACGCGCGCGCGCGCCCGGACCAAGUGGCGCGCGCGCGCGCGCCCGGACCAAGUGGCGCGCGCGCGCGCGCCCGGACCAAGUGGCGCGCGCGCGCGCGCGCGCGGACCAAGUGGCGCGCGCGCGCGCGGACCAAGUGGCGCGCGCGCGCGCCCGGACCAAGUGGCGCGCGCGCGCGCCCGGACCAAGUGGCGCGCGCACGCGCGCUCGGACCAAGUGGAGCGCGCGCGACCAAGUUGCGCGCGCACGCGCCCGGACCAAGUGGCGCGCGCUCGCGCCUGGACCACGUGGCGCGCGCGCGCCCGGACCUAGUGGCGCGCGCGCGCGCGCGGACCAAGUGGCGUGCGCGCGCGCCCGGACCAAGUGGAGCGCGCGCGCGACCGGUCCAAUGGCGGGCGCGCGCGCCCGGACCAAGUGGAGCGCGCGCGCGCCCGGACCAAGUGGCGCGCGCGCGCGCUCGGACCAAGUGGCGGGCGCGCGCCCGGAAGUGGCGCGCGCGCGACGCCCAAGUGGCGCGCGCGCGCCCGGACCUAGUGGCGCGCGCGCGCUCGGACCAAGAGGGGCGCGCUCGCGCCCGGACCAAGUGGCGCGCGCGCGCGCCCGGACCAAGUGGCGCGCGCGCGCGCCCGGACCAAGUGGCGCGCGCGCGCGCCCGGACCAAGUGGCGCGCGCGCGCGCGCGGAUUAAGUGGCGCGCGCGCGCGUGCGGACCAAGAGGCACGCGCGCGCGCCCUGACCAAGUGGCGCGCGCGCGCGCCCGGACCUAGUGGCGCGCGCGCGCGCGGACCAAGUGGCGCGCGCGCGCGCGCCCGGACCAAGUGGCGCGCGCGCGCGCCCGGACCAAGUGGCGCGCGCUCGCGCCCGGACCAAGUGGCGCGCGCGCGCGCCCGGACCUGGUGGCGCGCGCGCGCCCGGACCAAGUGGCGUGUGCGCCCGCCGACCAAGUGGCGCGCGCGCGCGCCCGGACCAAGUGGCGCGCGCUUGCGCCCGGACCAAGUAAAGCGCGCGCGCGCGGCCGGACCAAGUGGAGCGCGCGCGCGCGCCGGACCAAGUGGAGCGCGCGCGCGCGCCCGGACCAAGUGGCGCGCGCGCGCGCCCGGACCAACUGGCGUGCGCGCGCGCUCGCGGACCAAGAGGCGCGCGCGCGCGCUGGGACCAAGUGGGGCGCUCGCGCGCGCUGGGACCAAGUGGGGCGCUCGCGCGCCGGGACCAAGUGGCGCGCGCGCGCGCUCUCGGACCAAGUGGCGCGCGCGCGCGGACCUAGUGGCAGGCGCGCGCGCGCGGACCAAGUGGAGCGCGCGCGCGCCCGGACCAAGUGACGCGCGCGCGCGCUCGGACCAAGUGGAGCGCGCGCGCGCCUGGACCAAGUGGCGCGCGCGCGCGCGGACCAAGUGGCGCGCGCGCGCGCGGACCAAGUGGCGCGCGCGCGCGCGGACCAAGUGGCGCGCGCGCGCGCGGACCAAAUGGCGCGCGUGCGCGCCCGGACCAAGGCGCGCGCGCGCGCGCCCGGACCAAGUGGCGCGCGCGCGCGCCCGGACCAAGUGGCGCGUGCGCGCGCCCGGACCAAGUGGCGCGCGAACGCGCGGACCAAGUGGCGCGCGCGCGCGCCCGGACCAAGUGGCGCGCGCGCGCGCCCGGACCAAGUGGAGCGCGCGCGCGCCCGGUCCAAGUGGCGCGCGCGCGCGCCGACCUAGUGGCGCGCGCGCGCGCCCGGACCUAGUGGCGCGCGCGCGCGCCCGGACCAAGCGGCGCGCGCACGCGCCCGGACCAAGCGGCGCGUGCGCGCGCGCCCGGACCAAGCGGCGCGCGCCGACCAGGGCGCCCCCGGACCAAGCGGCGCGCGCGCGCGCCCCCGGACCAAGCGGCGCGCGCGCGCGCCCCCGGACCAAGCGGCGCGCGCGCGCGCCCCGACCAAGCGGCGCGCGCGCGCGCCCGGACCAAGCGGCGCGCGCGCGCCCGGACCUGGUGGCGCGCGCGCGCGCCGACCAAGUGGAGCGCGCGCGCGCCCGGACCAAGAGGCGCGCGCGCGCCCGGACCAAGAGGCGCGCGCGCGCCCGGACCAAGUGGGGCGCGCGCACGCGGACCAAGUGGCGCGCGCGCGCGCCCGGACCAAGUGGCGCGCGCGCCCGCCCGGACCAAGUGGCGCCCGCGCCCGCCCGGAACAAGUGGCGCGCGCGCCCGCCCGGACCAAGUGGCGCGCACGCGCGGCCGGACCAAGAGGCGCGCGCGCGCGCCCGGACCAAGAGGCGCGCGCGCGCGCCCGGACCAAGAGGGGCGCGCGCGCGGACCAAGAGGCACGCGCGCGCGCGCCCUGACCAAGUGGCGUGUGCGCGCGCCCGGACCAAGACCAAGUGGCGCGCUGCGCGCGGACCAAGAGGCGCGCGCGCGCGCCCGGACCAAGAGGCGCGCGCACGCGCCCAGACCAAGUGGCGCGCGUGCUCGCGGACAAAGAGGCGCGCGCGCGCGCCCGGACCAAGUGGCGCGCGCGCUCGCCAGGACCAAGUGGCGCGCGCUGCGCGCGCGCCCGGACCAAGUGGUGUGCGCACGUGCCCGGACCAAGUGGCGCGCGCGCGCGCGGACCAAGAGGCGCGCGCGCGCGCGCCCGGACCAAGUGGCGCGCGCGCGCGCCCGGACCAAGUGGCGCGCGCGCGCGCCCGGACCAAGUGGUGCGCGCGCGCGCCCGGACCAAGUGGCGCACGCUGCGCGCGCCCGGACCAAGUGGCGCGCGCGCGCGCCCGGACCAAGUGGCGCGCGCGCGCGAGCCCGGACCAAGUGGCGCGCGCGCGCGCCCAGACCAAGUGGAGCGCUCGCGCGCGCCCGGACCAAGUGGAGGGCGCGCGCGCCCGGACCAAGUGGCGUGCGCGCGCGCCCGGACCAAGACGCGCACGCGCGCGCGCGCGCCCGGACCAAGACGCGCGCGCGCGCGCCCGGACCAAGUGCCGCGCGCGCGCGCCCGGACCAAGUGGCGCGCGCGCGCGCCCGGACCAAGUGGCGCGCGCGCGCCCGGACCAAGUGGCGCGCGCGCGCUCGCCCGGACCAAGUGGCGCGCGCGCGCGCGCCUGGACCAAGUGCCGCGCGCGCGCGCCCGGACCAAGUGGCGCGCGCGCGCGCCUGGACCAAGUGGCGCGCGCGCGCGCUCGCCCGGACCAAGUGGCGCGCGCGCGCGGACUAAGAGGCGCGCGCGCGCGCCUGGACCAAGAGGCGCGCGCACGCGCCCGGACCAAGUGGCGCGUGCUCGCGGACGAAGAGGCGCGCGCGCGCGCCCGGACCAAGUGGUGUGAGCGCUUGCCCGGACCAAGUGGCGCGCGCGCGCGCGGACCAAGAGGCGCGCGCGCGCGCGCCCGGACCAAGUGGCGCGCGCGCGCGCCCGGACCAAGUGGCGCUCGCGCGCGCGCCGGGACCAAGUGGCGCGCGCGCGGACCAAGUGGCGCGCGCGCGCUUGGACCAACUGGCGCGCGCGCGCGCCCGGACCAACUGGCGCGCGCGCGCGCAUGCGGACCAAGAGGCGCGCGCGCGCGCCCGGACCAAGUGGCGCGCGCGCGCGCCCGGACCAAGUGGCGCGCGCUCGCGCCUGGACCAGGUGGCGCGCGCGCGCGCCCGGACCUAAUGGCGCGCGCGCGCCCGGACCAAGUGGCGCGCUCGCGCGCAGGACCAAGUGGCGCGCGCGCGCGCCCGGACCUGGUGGCGCGCACGCGCCCGGACCAAGCGGCGCGCGCGCGCGCGCUCCCGGACCAAGCGGCGCGCGCGCGCGCUCCUGGACCAAGCGGCGCGCGCGCGCGCGCCCGGACCAAGCGGCGCGCGCGCGCGCUCGGACCAAGUGGCGCGCGCGCGCGCGCCCGGACAAAGUGGCGCGCGCUGCGCGCGCCCGGACCAAGUGGCGCGCGCGCGCGCGCCCGGACCAAGUGGCGCGCGCGCGCGCCCGGACCAAGUGGCGCGCGCGCGCGCCCAGACCUAGUGGCGCGCGCGCGCGCGGACCUAGUUGCGGGCGCGCGCGCCCGGAUCAAGUGGAGCGCGUGCGCGCCCGGACCAAGUGACGCGCGCGCGCGCCCGGACCAAGUGGCGCGCGCGCGCGCGCCCGGACCAAGUGGCGCGCGCGCGCGCGCGCCCGGACCAAGUGGCGCGCGCGCGCGCGCCCGGACCAAGUGGCGCGCGCGCGCGCGCGCGGACCAAGUGGCGCGCGCGCGCGGACCAAGUGGCGCGCGCGCGCGGACCAAGUGGCGCGCGCGCGCGCCCGGACCAAGUGGCGCGCGCACGCGCGCUCGGACCAAGUGGAGCGCGCGCGACCAAGUUGCGCGCGCACGCGCCCGGACCAAGUGGCGCGCGCUCGCGCCUGGACCACGUGGCGCGCGCGCGCCCGGACCUAGUGGCGCGCGCGCGCGCGCGGACCAAGUGGCGUGCGCGCGCGCCCGGACCAAGUGGAGCGCGCGCGCGACCGGUCCAAGUAGCGCGCGCGCGCGCCUGGACCUAGCGGCGCGCGCGCGCGCGGACCAAGUGGCGCGCGCGCGCGUGCGGACCAAGUGGCGCGCGCCCGCGCCCGGACCAAGUGGCGCGCGCCCGCGCCCGGACCUAGUGGCGCGCGCGCGCGCGGACCAAGUGGCGCGCGCGCGCGCCCGGACCAAGUGGCGCGCGCGCGCGCGCGCCCGGACCAAGUGGCGCGCGCGCGCGCGCCCGGACCAAGUGGCGCGCGCGCGCGCCCCCGGACCAAGUGGCGCGCGCGCGCGCCCGGACCAAGUGGCGCGCGCGCGCGCCCGGACCAAGUGGCGCGCGCGCGCGCCCGGACCAAGUGGCGCGCGCGCGCGCCCGGACCUAGUGGCGGGCGCACGCGCGGACCUAGUGGCGGGCGCGCGCGCCCGGACCAAGUGGAGCGCGCGCGCGCCCGGACCAAGUGGCGCGCGCGCGCGCUCGGACCAAGUGGCGGGCGCGCGCCCGGAAGUGGCGCGCGCGCGACGCCCAAGUGGCGCGCGCGCGCCCGGACCUAGUGGCGCGCGCGCGCUCGGACCAAGAGGGGCGCGCUCGCGCCCGGACCAAGUGGCGCGCGCGCGCGCCCGGACCAAGUGGCGCGCGCGCGCGCCCGGACCAAGUGGCGCGCGCGCGCGCCCGGACCAAGUGGCGCGCGCGCGCGCCCGGACCAAGUGGCGCGCGCGCGCGCCCGGACCAAGUGGCGCGCGCGCUGCGCGCGGAUUAAGUGGCGCGCGCGCGCGCGCGGACCAAGAGGCACGCGCGCGCGCCCUGACCAAGUGGCGCGCGCGCGCGCCCGGACCUAGUGGCGCGCGCUCGCGCGGACCAAGUGGCGCGCGCGCGCGCCCGGACCAAGUGGCGCGCGCGCGCGCCCGGACCAAGUGGCGCGCGCUCGCGCCCGGACCAAGUGGCGCGCGCGCGCGCCUGGACCUGGUGGCGCGCGCGCGCCCGGACCAAGUGGCGUGUGCGCCCGCCGACCAAGUGGCGCGCGCGCGCGCCCGGACCAAGUGGCGCGCGCUUGCGCCCGGACCAAGUAAAGCGCGCGCGCGCGGCCGGACCAAGUGGAGCGCGCGCGCGCGCGCCGGACCAAGUGGAGCGCGCGCGCGCGCCCGGACCAAGUGGCGCGCGCGCGCGCCUGGACCAACUGGCGUGCGCGCGCGCUCGCGGACCAAGAGGCGCGCGCGCGCGCCCGGACCAAGUGGCGCGCGCGCGCGCGCUGGGACCAAGUGGGGCGCUCGCGCGCCGGGACCAAGUGGCGCGCGCGCGCGCUCUCGGACCAAGUGGCGCGCGCGCGCGGACCUAGUGGCAGGCGCGCGCGCGCGGACCAAGUGGAGCGCGCGCGCGCCCGGACCAAGUGACGCGCGCGCGCGCUCGGACCAAGUGGAGCGCGCGCGCGCCCGGACCAAGUGGCGCGCGCGCGCGCGGACCAAGUGGCGCGCGCGCGCGCGGACCAAGUGGCGCGCGCGCGCGCGGACCAAGUGGCGCGCGCGCGCGCGGACCAAGUGGCGCGCGCGCGCGCCCGGACCAAGGCGCGCGCGCGCGCGCCCGGACCAAGUGGCGCGCGCGCGCGCCCGGACCAAGUGGCGCUGGCGCGCGCGCGCGCGGACCAAGUGGCGCGCGCGCGCGCCGGGACCUAGUGGCGCGCGCGCGCGCCCGGACCUAGUGGCGCGCGCGCGCGCCCGGACCAAGCGGCGCGCGCACGCGCCCGGACCAAGCGGCGCGUGCGCGCGCGCCCGGACCAAGCGGCGCGCGCGCCCGGACCAAGCGGCGCGCGCGCGCGCGCCCGGACCAAGCGGCGCGCGCGCGCGCGCCCGGACCAAGCGGCGCGCGCGCGCGCCCCCGGACCAAGCGGCGCGCGCGCGCGCCCCCGGACCAAGCGGCGCGCGCGCGCGCCCCCGGACCAAGCGGCGCGCGCGCGCGCCCGGACCAAGCGGCGCGCGCGCGCGCCCGGACCUGGUGGCGCGCGCGCGCCCGGACCAAGUGGCGUGCACGCGCGCCGACCAAGUGGAGCGCGCGCGCGCCCGGACCAAGCGGCGCGCGCGCGCCCGGACCAAGUGGGGCGCGCGCGCGCCUGGACCAAGUGGCGCGCGCACGCGGACCAAGAGGCGCGCGCGCGCGCUCGGACCAAGUGGCGCGCGCGCGCGCCCGGACCAAGUGGCGCGCGCGCCCGCCCGGACCAAGUGGCGCCCGCGCCCGCCCGGAACAAGUGGCGCGCGCGCCCGCCCGGACCAAGUGGCGCGCACGCGCGGCCGGACCAAGUGGCGCGCGCGCGCGCCCGGACCAAGAGGCGCGCGCGCGCGCCCGGACCAAGAGGGGCGCGCGCGCGGACCAAGAGGCACGCGCGCGCGCGCCCUGACCAAGUGGCGUGUGCGCGCGCCCGGACCAAGACCAAGUGGCGCGCGCGCGCGGACCAAGAGGCGCGCGCGCGCGCCCGGACCAAGAGGCGCGCGCACGCGCCCAGACCAAGUGGCGCGCGUGCUCGCGGACAAAGAGGCGCGCGCGCGCGCCCGGACCAAGUGGCGCGCGCGCUCGCCAGGACCAAGUGGCGCGCGCGCGCGCCCGGACCAAGUGGUGUGCGCACGUGCCCGGACCAAGUGGCGCGCGCGCGCGCGGACCAAGAGGCGCGCGCGCGCGCGCCCGGACCAAGUGGCGCGCGCGCGCGCCCGGACCAAGUGGCGCGCGCGCGCGCCCGGACCAAGUGGCGCGCGCGCGCGCCCGGACCAAGUGGCGCACGCGCGCGCGCCCGGACCAAGUGGCGCGCGCGCGCGCCCGGACCAAGUGGCGCGCGCGCGCGAGCCCGGACCAAGUGGCGCGCGCGCGCGCCCGGACCAAGUGGAGCGCUCGCGCGCGCCCGGACCAAGUGGAGGGCGCGCGCGCCCGGACCAAGUGGCGUGCGCGCGCGCCCGGACCAAGACGCGCACGCGCGCGCCCGGACCAAGUGCCGCGCGCGCGCGCCCGGACCAAGACGCGCGCGCCCGCGCCCGGACCAAGUGCCGCGCGCGCGCGCCCGGACCAAGUGGCGCGCGCGCGCGCCCGGACCAAGUGGCGCGCGCGCGCCCGGACCAAGUGGCGCGCGGGCGCUUGCCCGGACCAAGUGGCGCGCGCGCGCGCGCGCCUGGACCAAGUGCCGCGCGCGCGCGCCCGGACCAAGUGGCGCGCGCGCGCGCCUGGACCAAGUGGCGCGCGCGCGCUCGCCCGGACCAAGUGGCGCGCGCGCGCGGACUAAGAGGCGCGCGCGCGCGCCUGGACCAAGAGGCGCGCGCACGCGCCCGGACCAAGUGGCGCGUGCUCGCGGACGAAGAGGCGCGCGCGCGCGCCCGGACCAAGUGGUGUGAGCGCUUCCCCGGACCAAGUGGCGCGCGCGCGCGCGGACCAAGAGGCGCGCGCGCGCGCGCCCGGACCAAGUGGCGCGCGCGCGCGCCCGGACCAAGUGGCGCUCGCGCGCGCGCCGGGACCAAGUGGCGCGCGCGCGGACCAAGUGGCGCGCGCGCGCUUGGACCAACUGGCGCGCGCGCGCGCCCGGACCAACUGGCGCGCGCGCGCGCACGCGGACCAAGAGGCGCGCGCGUGCGCCCGACCAAGUGGCGCGCGCGCGCGCACGGACCAAGUGGCGCGCGCGCGCGCGGACCAAGAGGGGCGCGCGUGGACCAAGGCCGGGAUUGGAGUACAGAAGUAGAGGAGGAGAGGAGGAGCAUGCGUUGUCAUGACAGUUGA